AUGUCUUCUCAGAAAUUUGAUUUUUUUACACGAUUUAAUGAAUUUGUUAUUGCAAUUUUCGCUUUCACAAUUAUUUGGAAUAUUUGUGAAGGAAUAGUAGCGAUAGAUUACGGAAUUCAAUGCAAGUCAUUCAGCCUUUUUUUUCUUGGAAUCAAUGUUUCUGUUUGCGUGAUACCUCCAAGCUUGGCCUUACGAGAGUUCAUUAAAAAAAUAAAUUCUAAUGAAGAAAAGGCGAAUUCCGAUAUACAAGAUAGUAUAAUAUACAAGAACGAAAGAAAAAUCGAAUUUAUGAUGAUGAUUCUUUUUAUAUUACUUACCACGAUUAUUUUUACGUGCGCAGUAGCUUUCUUGGUUCUUAAACAAAUUCCACAAACUACUUUUCCAGGAUUGAUAAUCACCAGCAUUUCAUUAGUUAUUACGUUGCUUCUUUGGUCAGGCAAACACUGUCUUGCUAGAAAAUUAGAUAGUUCAAUAUUAUCAUACGAAGCUCGUUAUUCAUUGGUUUGCUUAGAAAUUAUAGCAAUUGUUUUCUUAAGCAAUCUAUUAUAUCUAAUUUUACCGAAUAUUUGGUGGUUGGAUUCGGUAGCGACUUUAAUACAAGGAAUACCACUUAUUAUAGAAGGUUUCGAAAUGUAUGCAAGACGCAAAUCAAAUAAAACUAAUGAAAAAGAUUGCAGAAUUACUAUAACGAUUGAAGAAACUACUUGUUCUACAAAAGAACAAAAACCUAGAAAACGACAGUCUUCUUUUGGUUCAGGAAAACGACAGUCUUCUUUUGGUUCAGGAAAACGACUGUCUUCCAAGCUUCGUGCAAAAAUUAAUGAAGGGCAAAAUAAAGAACCUGAAAGUUCAAAUUUUUUAGACAUUACUUUCGAAAAAAAAUCAAUGGAUAUAGAAACGCUAAGAUGA